AUGCAAAUCUGCAAGAUAAACGAUUGCGUUGAACCAUUUUCAAAAUUCCCACUCUCUAAAACGGCAGCGUUUAAUUUUAUCUUCUAUCCAGAUCUAGUUAAACCCUUCAGAAAAAACCCCAGCCAAAACCAGCCAUGCUCUGUGGUUUUCAACAAUGGCUUUAUCUGCAAGAACUCCUCAAACCCUUAUCAACCCGGACCUCCGAAACCCUAUCCGGACCAAAAUACGAAACCCCAAUUCCCCAUGUUUCUCAAAAAAACGCAAACCCCUCCAAAUCUCCUCAACGCAACCUCAGCAGCAGCUCUCAUUCCUUGACAGUAAUCCCCUGAACAACAAAAACCCGAAUUCCCAUCUCCAACUUCUUUGUAUAAAUUCGAAACUCCAAGAAGCUUUGAAGUACCUGGAGUCGAUGCAAGAAUUACAGAUUCCAUUAGAUGAAGACGCGGCAAUUGCUAUGGUGAGACUUUGUGAGUGGAAACGAGCUUUCGAAGAAGGUUCUAAGGUUUACUUUUAUAUAUCUAAUUCGAGUAAUUCGUUGAGUCUUAGGCUUGGUAAUGCUUUGUUGGGUAUGUUUGUAAGGUUUGGGAAACUGGGUGAUGCUUGGUACGUGUUCGGUAAAAUGCUAGAAAGAGAUGUUUUUUCUUGGAAUGUUUUGAUUAGUGGGUAUGCGAAAAAAGGGUUCUUCGAUGAAGCUUUGUGCUUGUAUCAUAGGAUGUUGUGGGUCGGUUUUAAGCCUGAUGUUUAUACUUUUCCCUGCGUUUUGAGAACUUGCGGUGCUGUUCCGAAUUUGGAAAGAGGUAAAGAGGUUCAUGUUCAUGUUAUUAGGUUCGGGUUUGAAGCAGAUGUUGAUGUGGUUAAUGCUUUGAUAACUAUGUAUGUAAAGUGUGGAGAUUUACCAAGAGCGAGGUUAUUGUUUGGUAAAAUGGCUAGGAGAGAUAGGAUAUCUUGGAAUGCGAUCAUUUCGGGGUAUUUUGAGAAUGGGGAGUGCUUGGAAGGGAUAAGGUUGUUUUUUAAGAUGCGUGAGCAUAGGUUUGAUCCAGAUUUGAUGACUAUGACGAGUGUGAUCUCUGCAUGUGAGAGCCUAGGUGAUGAGAGAUUAGGCAGAGAAAUUCAUGGAUAUGUGGUUGUAACAGGGAUGUCAGCCGAUGUUUGGGUUUGUAAUUCUUUGAUUCAAAUGUACUCAAGUUUUGCAUGUUGGGAAACAGCGGAGAAAGUUUUCAAUAAGAUGGAAUGGAGGGAUGUAGUUUCUUGGACAGCAAUGAUCUCGGGUUAUGAGAACAACGAACUCCCUGAUAAAGCUGUGGAUACUUACAGAAUGAUGGGGGAGCAGGGAUUCAUGCCUGAUGAAGUCACUUUAGCCAGUGUUCUUUCAGCUUGUGCUUGUUUAGGAAAGCUAGAUAUGGGAAUAAAGCUUCAUGAACUUGCUAAAAAGACAGGCCUCAUAUCUUAUAUUAUAGUUGCUAACACCUUAAUUGAUAUGUAUUCCAAGUGUAAAUGUAUUGAUAAGGCUCUAGAAGUGUUCCACAACAUUCCUGACAAGGAUGUCAUUUCUUGGACUGCUAUCAUUUUGGGACUUCGGCUUAACAAUCGGUGCUUUGAAGCAUUGAUUUUCUUUCGGCAAAUGAAACUGAGUUUAAAACCAAAUUCUGUGACAUUGGUGUCUGUUCUAUCUGCAUGUGCUAGGAUAGGUGGAUUGAUGUGUGGAAAAGAGAUUCAUGCAUAUGCAUUGAGGACCGGCAUGGCACUUGAUGGUUUCCUACCCAAUGCACUUCUGGACAUGUAUGUAAGGUGUGGAAGGAUGGGACCUGCUUGGAACCAAUUUAACUCGCAGAGAAAAGAUGUUUCGGCAUGGAAUAUUCUGCUGACAGGAUAUGCACAGCAGGGUCAAGGGAAACAGGCUGUGGAGUUCUUCAAUAGAAUGGUCAAAUCUAAUGUCAGUCCAGAUGAGAUUACAUUUAUUCCACUCCUAUGUGCUUGUAGUAAAUCGGAAAUGGUAACGGAAGGUUUGAAGUAUUUUAAUAGCAUGGAACUGAAAUUUGGUGUCACCCCAAAUUUGAAGCACUAUGCGUGUGUGGUAGAUUUGCUCGGCCGUGCUGGGCAGUUGGAGGAGGCUUAUGAGUUUAUUCAGGAAAUGCCUAUAAAGCCAGAUCCAGCUAUAUGGGGAGCCUUGUUAAAUGCAUGUAGAAUUCACCGCCAUGUUGAGCUUGGUGAAUUUGCAGCUCAACGUAUUUUUGAAAGUGAUGGAAAUGUUGGGUAUUAUGUUUUGUUAUGUAAUCUGUAUGCAAACAGUAGUAAAUGGGAUGAAGUUGCAAAAGUUCGAAAGAUGAUGAAAGAUGAUGGACUAAUCAUUGAUCCUGGAUGCAGUUGGGUGGAAAUUAAGGGGAAAAUCCAUGCUUUCCUCAGCGGUGAUGAUUGUCAUCCUCAAAUAAAUGAAAUAAAUGCACUUUUAGAAGGAAUUUAUGAGAAAAUGAGGGUAGCUGGCAUGGGUGGUCCAAAAUGUGAUUCCAUGGGUGAAGUUGAACUUUCAAAAGCUGAGAUUUUAUGUGGGCAUAGUGAGAGACUAGCUGUUGCAUUUGGUCUCAUUAAUACUGUUCCUGGAACACCUAUUUGGGUAACAAAGAAUCUCUAUAUGUGCCAAAGGUGUCACAGUACCAUUAAAUCCAUCUCCAAGAUUGUACGAAGGGAGAUUUCUAUUAGGGAUACUGAAGAAUUCCACCAUUUCAAGGACGGCAUCUGUUCUUGUGGUGAUGUGGAAAUAUUAGGGAAAGCUUGACAAAUAAGUUUUCGAAAGAAAUUGGGAAGUUAUUAACUCCCGUGGAGAAUGUAGAAAUGUAAAAGGCAGCUUAAAUGUUGCAAUCUGAAAAUUGUAUUAUCGGUCCACGCAUCAUGGAUCACCCAGUUAAUAUUGAAACAUGUAUAACACAGAAAGACUCAGAAGCUUGGAAGAAUGCUGUAGAAUCAUCUUGAAUGUAGAUGCUCCAAUUGCAUGAACAGCCAAAAAGCUUCUUUUCUGUUCGCUUGGGGAUGUACUUUUGAACUAGGGAAACAGCAUUAAGAUUGUGGCCUGGUGCUCAGAGAAGCUCGGCAGACUCCAUUUUCCUGAAUUAUAAACUUAAAGCAUAUGUGUGUCGAUUCCGUUUUUCAAAGGUGGAGAAGCUCCUUUUGGUUCUACAGAUUUCGAUGCUGGACAGGUUUCUUGAGUUCCCUUCCUCUGCUUAUGACAGCUCCUUGAACCGGAAUAAUAACACAUAUAGGCUUGUGAUAUAGUGAAAUUGGUACUUGGAUAAGCUCCGGUCCACCCCUUCUGGUUAUUGAUAGGGGAGGCACAUGCCUUUGUUUUAGUUAUGGUAAAGUGUUGUCUGCUACUCUGCUUUCCCCCGUAAUGUUAUAUUUCUCCUGUAAAGUAAAAUCAAAUUUCACAGCAGUAUCAUAUUGAAAUACAUCUGUUUUUGCUC